GUGUGUGCGCUUGGAGGGGGCCGGUCAAUUUGCAUUUUGCUAAAUAAUGUGCAGCAGAGAGCGGAUCGCAGUCCAUUUUGAAGAAGGCAUUCCUGCAGAUCUUCAGUCCAUGCACCGGAGCUGCUGCCGUUCAUGAGACCCCGGUGUCGGUUUUCGCGCAUAGUUGGGGGGGUGGUGAGAGCAUAAAGGGGAUUUGGGGAGAAUUUACGGGUCGUCAAACUCUUAUCCCCUUUGAGGAAGGAUGCUUUAUGAAAGACGUGGCUUCAGGUUUCGCUCCUCUGCAAGGAUGUUGGCAGCUCUGGUAUUUAUUCUGCUUUGUAUCCAGCCUGGACACGGACAGACCUGCACAGAAGGGUUUGCCUAUGAUCGCAGGUCGAGACAGUGCAUAGAUGUGGACGAGUGUCGCACCAUGCCAGAUGUUUGCCGCGGAGACAUGCGCUGUGUGAACCAGAACGGAGGGUACCUGUGUCUCCCCAGGAAUCUGUACAACCAGCCCUUCAGACCCGAGACCCCCGCCCUGCCAGAGCCCCUCUACCCUGAAACAUCUCUGGGGUUUCCUGAGCCCUUCGUCCCCGACCAGGCCGGGUCUGUGGAGGCCAGCUACCCCAGAGUCAGGUCCACCGCGCAGUGCAUUCUGGGAUACGCUGCUGCAGAGCACGGCUCCUGUCAUGACAUUGACGAGUGUGAGACGAACACUCACCACUGCAACCCCACCCAGGUGUGCAUCAACACAGAGGGGGGGUACACCUGCUCCUGCAUUGAGGGAUACUGGCUCAUUGGGGGGCAGUGCCAGG